AUGGAGGAUACAGUCUCCCUGCAGCGCCGCCCAACAUCUCCCUUUGAGUUUGCAGUGGAACUUCUCUGCGGUAUUGCCCUUCACUGGCCCCACUGCCGCCAGCCCGCCUCCGUGCUGUUGUGUGGCCCGUGCGGAAAUGGAAAGAGCCACGUGGUGCGCAGUGCCGUGCGGCGGGCCCGCCGUGUGGGAUCUCGUCGUGUGUUGAAUAUCACCCCGCGCCUCGCAGAGUCACUCGCACGGCGGAAAGUAAACGGAAGCACAAUGCUUCGGAAGGAAAUUCGACAUACCAUUGCGGAUAUAUUGCUUGAACAAACAGAGAGUGGUGUAAAGGAUAAAACUGAACUCAAUACGGAGUCUGUGGUUAUUGUUAUUCUAGACCAUAUGGAACUUUUCCUAACUGCCACUACAGAUACCAGUAGUUUUUUGCGUGAGGAAGGAACAUCAUCUGGUUAUUCGGGAUCUGGCACACCACAUCAUCCAGCACUCCUAGCUGACCUGUACGAUAUCAUUCGAGGACGUGAUUUAUUUCAACAAGAAGAAUUACAGCAAAUGCGUUUGAGUUGUGUACUCUUCGUUACACUAUUUAGUGGAGUCUAUGAAGAGGUUGAUUUGUUCGCACGUGAUAAACUUUUUGAUGCUUACGUGUCUUUAAAAACUCCAACAGAAAGUGAACGUCUUACUUUUAUGCAAAAUCAAUCUGUUAUCUCACCACUACUAUGCCGAGCUAUUGCGGCUCGUAGUGGUGGUGUCACAUACAGAGGUUUAACUGAAAUUCUUAGACAUGUAGAAGAAAUUAUACAUGAAAAAUCAUCUGAUAAGGAUUACCUUGAGUUUUUAUCACCAAUCGAUAAUUUUAAUACUCUAAAUAAAUUGUAUUAUAAAAAAUUUGAAGAUUUUGCUGCAUCACUUGCCCUUCAAACUAUUCGUUUAUUCAGUGCGAGUGGUUCUACUGCAGCACAGGAAUACCGAGAAAGCGCUGGAUAUAUUGAUGUACAAGAAACUCACUGGUCUGAUAUAGCCGGACUUGAGAAGGUGAAAAAGACACUCCAACGACUUAUUUUACGGCCAUUGAAACAUUAUACUACUUAUCGACGCUUUGGAGUUCGUCCGUCUACUGGUGUUUUGCUUUCUGGGCCUCCAGGAACAGGAAAAACGAUGCUUGCACGAGCAAUGGCUACUGAACUGAACGCUUCUUUUAUCUAUAUGGACCUCCCACAAUUAAUUCAGUCGGAAGUUGGAGAAUCUGAGCGAAAACUACGGGAGUUCUUUGAUGUUGCCCGAGAAAGAAGUCCUUCUGUAAUGUUUAUUGACGAACUACAAGCCGCAUUUGGCAAUCGGUACGACGCAGAAGGGAGGUCAAGUUCAACCCAUGAUGCGCGUCUCGUUUCUCAGCUUCUUCAUCUUCUUGAUAAGGCGCACGAAGACGAAGAUCACUUCACUCUUUUUGUAGGAGCAACAAAUGUUAAGCACAUGUUGGAUGAAGCAUUACUACGUGCUGGACGCCUUGAUACAAUUGUAGAAGUUCCUCUUCCAGAUGAGGCAGCACGGCAUAGUUUAGUGCAGCGUGUUGUGUACGGCGAGUGGAAUGCCUGGUUUCCUAAUUCUAGUACUAGUGUAGAUACGGAUGCAGUAAGGCAGGCCUUGAUUAAGGCUUUUGUAGAAGGCACAACUGACUUAACAGGUGCAGAGAUGCGUCAUACAAUAAAUGUUUUUGCUCUUCAUUUUCUUCGUCUUAUACACAUAAAAAAAGAAGCUCUAUGUGAACCACAGAAACUCGUGGAUUCCGUACAUUCCCUACAAGAAUUAUUAAUUGAUGCGAAAUCGCAUUGUAUGAGUGGAGAAGCUCAGAUGGCACUAACCCGUGCACUAUCCAAACCCAUGAGUUCCACAUAA